AUGGCAUUUUACCAAAUCAACAGACUUAAUCUGGGCAAGCCUGAAGCAAAUAGUUCAGGACUGUUACAGGACUUGAGAGUCCAGUCUACAGCACCUCCAGACCCAAAGCGCCAGUCUGUUGACUCUGCUGGCAUCAGUAUCGCAGAGUCGCACAAUGGUUCACAGUCUGGUUCCAAUUUUGACCUUCUGCAUGAAGAUGCUUCCCGCUACAAUAGCAUUCAAGCAAGCCUGCAGUUACAUAUCUCGCCGACUUCGGAGGACGUUCUUCCGUGA